GUACAUCCGUCCCUCCAUGCUGCAGCACCUCCUGCGCCGUCUCGUCUUCGAUGUCCCCAUCCUCAACGAGUUCGCCAAAAUGCCGCUCAAGCUGCUGACCAACCACUACGAGCGGUGCUGGAAGUACUACUGCCUGCCCAGCGGGUGGCCCAACUACGGGGUCAGCUCCGAGGAGGAGCUGCACCUGACCCGCAAACUCUUCUGGGGCAUCUUCGAGUCCCUGGCACACAAGAAGUUCGACCCCGAGCUGUACAAGCUGGCCAUGCCGUGCCUCUGCGCCAUCGCGGGCGCGCUGCCCCCCGACUACGUGGACGCCAGUUACUCCUCCAAGACCGAGAAGAAGGCGUCGGUGGACGCCGAGGGCAACUUCGACCCCAAACCCGUCGAGACCCUCAACGUCAUCAUCCCCGAGAAGCUGGACGGGUUCAUCAACAAGUACGCCGAGUACACGCACGAGAAGUGGGCGUUCGACAAGGUGGGACCCCCGGGNCCCUCAGCUUCGUGUCCCAAUGGGUGUCCCCAUGCUGGGUGA